AUGUCAACCGCUUCCGGACGCGACGAGAUCGCCAUGAAGAGUCAGCUGCCGGCGCACCUGGUGGCGUUGGAUCAAACAGAAGAAGGUCAAAUGCACGACGUCGAUGCCGAUGAUGCUGUACUGGCCCAGGCCGGAUAUGCGCAGGAAUUCCGUCGCGAAUUCACACGCUUCUCCACGCUCUCCUACGCCAUCCAGAUCAUGGGUGUUCUCGGCUCAGUCGGUGCGACAUGGUCGACACCCUUGGCGGCCGGUGGCCCUGCAGCGGCUGUCUGGUGUUGGUUCUCGGGCUCUUUCUUUGCUCUGUGUAUUGCACUGUCAAUCGCCGAGCUGGUCAGUGCCUAUCCCACGUCUGGAGGCAUGUACUUUGUGUCCAAGCAUGUCUUCCCCGAGAAACAUGUACCUGUUGCCGCCUGGGUCAUCGGCUGGUCCAAUCUACUCGGCCAGACGGCCGGUGCUGCGAGUGUCUGCUAUGGGGUGGGACAAAUGAUGCUUGCCAUGGCCGCAAUGGGAUCCGUCCAGGAAGACGGCACUCAAACAUACGUUCCAACCGCUGAGCAUACUGUGGCCGUCAGCAUCGGUAUCUGUGUUCUGUCCGGGGUAGCAUGCUCGUUCCCUUCCAGGACACUCAACACCAUGAUCCGAUAUUUCACUCCCAUCAACUUGAUCGCCUCCGUGGCCAUUACGAUAGCCCUGCUCGUGCUCACGCCCAACAAGCUCUCGGCCAGCGACGUGUUCGUCAACAUCACCGACGGCUCUGGCUGGGACAGCAAAGGGUUUUCGUUUUUCCUCGGCUACCUCAGCGUCGCCUGGACCAUGACAGACUACGACGCGACGGCCCAUCUGUCUGAGGAGCUGCACAACGCAGCCAUCAGUGGGCCCGUGGCGAUUUUCCAAGCCGUGGUGGUGACAUGGGUGUUCGGAGUGAUGUUGAACAUCGCAUUCGGAUUCUGUGCCGGCGACGUGUCCGCCACACUGAGUUCGUCGUUCGGCAAUCCCGCCGCCCAGAUCUUCUUCAACGCUGCCGGCAGGAAGGGCGGGAUUGGAAUGUGGUUCUGGGUUGUGCUGGUCCAGUUCUUCACCGGCAUCACCGCCAUGCUUUCAGACACACGGACAUUCUUUGCGCUUGCUCGGGACGAUAUGUUUCCAUUAUCGAGCACUUUCCGCAAAAUGAACAAAUACACCCAGACGCCCCUGUACAGUGUCUGGACGGUCGUCUUUCUCUGCUGCAUCCUCAACCUGAUCGCCCUGGGCAGCACCCAGACCAUCAACGGCAUCUACGGCGUGACCGCGCCGGCCAUGGACCUGUCGUACAUCGCGGUGAUCGCGGCCAGAAUGUACUAUCACAAAGAACGGCCCAUCACGCCCGGUCCGUUCCGGCUGGGCCGGCUGCAGAAGCCGAUCAAUGUGAUCGCCAUCGUCUGGGUCCUCUUCAUCUCCGCCGUGCUUUUCUUCCCGCCCGUCCACCCGGUCACCGCGGCAAAUAUGAACUAUGCCGUGGCUGUGGCGGGAGUCAUUGUCAUAUUUGCCUUGAUGUGGUGGUAUAUGCAGGCGAAACGGUCAGUACACACAUACCCCAGAAACUCCGAGUCCCCGUUUUGUUAG